AAAUAUAUAUAUAUAGAUAGUCGGAUAGGUCGUUUAUUAUUUUAACGAUUUCAAACAACAUACUCAGUUCGCGUGUAAAUAAAUAUAUAUUGAUUCGAGGUAAAAAUUAGUUUUAGGUCAAUGUAGCUUUUUAACAAAGCCUUUUUAGAUUAAUUGUGAUUAUGUAACAUUUUUAUUUCUUUAAACCUAUGAAGCAAUGAGAGGAACGUGGACGUUAAAAUUUGGUAAACACUGUAUACUUUACGCGAAUUUGAUAAGGAGCCAUAUCGUCUUAAUAGCUUCAGAUAUUUUAUCCGCUUUAGAGGCAGAACGUGUACGUCCUUCAAUAACGUCUGUUCAACAUUAUGAAGACCGUAUACUUAGCUACUUUUGCUAGUAAGUAUUCUCUAAUUAACAAUUGUAUUUUUUACCAUAACACAGUUUUGUUACACUGUCUCUAUUACGAAGUAGAAAAAUUUGUAAAUGUGAAUGUGUUUCACCGUUCGUUGAUUAGCUACUGUAGGAAUGACGUCGUACGGCGCGUUCUUCGGCUGGUCGUCACCGUCGUUACCACUUCUUCUGCAAGAAGAUAGUCCGAUACGUAUGACGAAAGAUCAAGCGACCUGGGUCUCAUCCGUUUUCCUUUUGGGUGGAGCGAUGGGUGCAUUGAUCUGCAGUUAUAUUGUAAAUAUACUUGGAAGGAAACGAGUCCUACUAUUUACUGUGAUACCAGCGCUCUUAGGAUGGAUGAUAAUUGCCUUCGCGACAUCCGUAUGGCAAUUAAUCAUUGGAAGAUUUAUUUGUGGAAUAAGCAACGGGCAUGGAUACGUUUCCGCGCAUAUGUACAUUGGAGAAAUUUCGCCGGCUAACAUACGAGGAAUAUUAACUUCCGCGUUGACGGUGGCCUCGAAAUUCGGCCUGUUCACUGAAUGGGUCGUAGGACCGUUUCUAUCUGUGAGAGAUCUCGCGCUCGUAUCUUGCACCCUUCCGAUACUCUUCUUUGCGGCUUUGAUAUGGUUCCCGGAGUCCCCGUAUCACUUGAUGCGUCACGGGAAACACGAUGAAGCAGUAACUGUUCUCGUGCAAUUAAGAGGAACCGUAGAUGUUUCCAAAGAAGUGGACACCAUUGAAAAGUAUAUAAAAAUAGACCUCGCCAACAAUAAUGGAUUAUGGGAAUUACUGAGCGUCUCGGGAAAUCGGAAAGCUUUGCUAGUCGUGUUGGGUCUGCUGGUGGUUCAACAAUGGAGCGGUAGCUUAGCGAUACUCUCUUACGCCGAGUUAAUUUUCAACUCGGCAAACAGCGAAUUCGAAGGCAAAUAUGUGACCAUGAUAGUGGGCGGCGUGCAAGUGAUAUGCGCGGUGAUGAGUGCAACUUUAGGAGACCGUUUCGAAAGAAGGACGCUACUCAUGAUAUCCGCGUUCGGCGUUUCCGUCUCGACGUUCCUCGUCGGCCUGUUCUUCUUCCUUCGAAACGUACAGGAGAACGUUGAUAACAUCACGUGGUUACCAGCUGUCGCAUUGUUACUUUAUAUCAUCGUAUACGCGAUCGGCCUAGCCGCAAUUCCGUUCACCAUGAUGAGCGAAGUUUUCCCUACAAACGUUAAAGCAAUGGGUUCAAUGAUCGGGAUGUUGUGCACUAAUUUAUGCGCUUUCAUCGUGGCUCUGACUUAUCAAAGUAUCGCUUCGCACGGUGAAUACGUUGCGUUUUGGCUAUUUUCCGCAGUAGGUAUCGCGGGCGUUCUUUUCAUCUAUUGUUACGUGCCCGAAACAAGGGGCAAAACGCUGCAGGAAAUUCAAGACCAACUGCACGGAUACAAGUUGUAAAAAAUCAUCUCUCCUAAAAUACAUUCCUUGUUUAAAAAGAAUCUCUUAUUAAUACGAAUAUUAAUAGU